AUGACUAUCCGCAAACAAUACCCGUCUCGCAACUACGAGACAUUCCCUGACGACAAUGACGAUAGCAACACCCAGUCUCCCACGUCCUACCAGCGUGGAGGGGAUGCAGACAAAUCCCGAUCCGCUGCGGCCGAAGCCCAACGACUUGGGUCUCAAGGCUCAUGGGCCGACAACUUUGCUGGCGGCACUCCAGCUACCAACAGAACUCCAACCGCCUCAACUGUCGACGGUGACGAAGUGAGGGAUCUGAGAUAUCCGCCGCACCUUUCAUCAGACGGGGAUCCGUCGGAUCCACCCCCAGUCUACACCCCCUCCGCCAGCACCCAAGUUGGAUCUCAAUCGCCUGCAGCACCAGCCUCCCCCGUGGCUGCGAGACCGAAUCUAUCUCCAGUACCAGAGCCAACCAUGAUGAAGAGGAGGGUCCAUCGUCUUUGCCCGAAACUGUCCCGCAUGAUCAUCACUCUCGACACCAUCACCAUCAUCUCUACCACCACCAUCAUGAUCAUCACCAGCACGAAGAGGAUGCAGACUCAGAUAGCCUCCCCGUGUUCCUGCAACAGCAUCCACGCCACAAGAGAACAUGGUGUCGGACACCUGGAAAAGCGCGAGGCUGCGGUGGUCGCGGCCGCGGCCGCGGAUGGACGGUACCAGCUCCCGAGCUUUGGCUCACGCCCAUCUCAGACACCCUGGCCUCCUCCAAAACGUGAGCAUCGUGAGCAUGAGACCUUCCGCUCUAUCAGUGGUACCUACCAGCUUUACGAUCUGCUCGAUCUUUCCACCACAGCUGGCAGCGUCGCGGUUACCGUCGAGGUUCAACCAGGAGAUAAACCAGCAGUCCUUCGUCUGUCCACCACGGCAGGGAGCGUAAACGUGAAAAUGAUAUCCGGAGGCGGUUUCUUCACGAAACCCACCAUCCCAGACGCUGCGAAGUCAAGGACGCUGAUGACGGAGAUCUCUACGGGCGCGGGCAGCAUCUCCGGAAACGUGGUGCACGGCAACGGCGGAUCGACUUCCGUCUCCACGAAUGCGGGAUCCAUCUCGUUGACCAUAUUUGCUGUCGGCGUCUCCGAGAUGGAUCCCCAAUCGAACAUUUCUACUAUCUCCAACCAAGGCAGCCAGCAUAUCAAGGUUGUCCCGAGCUUGGGCUCGACUGAGGCGAUCCGUGCCAUCGAAGCCGUCCACACUGUACGGGGUAGUGGAAGUAUGAAUAUUGCCUAUCCGCCUCAGUGGGAGGGUAUGGUUCACCUUUCGACUUAUGGGAUGGGGAGUAUUGGCGCCAGCGGAAAUGGACUGGUGGUGCGAAAAGAGAGCAGUCACGAGGUGUACGGGUAUAGAGGUGCGACGCAGGGAAGGAAGGUCGAGAUCUCAGAGCUCGGAAAUGGAAGCCUGAAGUUUUCGUGUUGA